GCAUUUGGACAACUUUUGCUUUGCUGCGUCUCCUUUUACGGAUUCCAUUCGGUCUUCUUCCAGCGGAGCGAUCACUCGAGUUCAAGAAUUGGAAACAAAGCGAAAGACAAUCUAAACUUUGCUAUUCCAAAGAUUGCUGCUGGCUUUGUGAUCACUCUCUAUCAGGUUUUUCUUGUCAUCGCGCUUUCUUGCAGGAUAAUCUUUUAUCGUGCAGUGUUGUUGGGGUUUAUGUCGCAUUGUUCGUUCGGCUCUGUAUUUGCUGUUCGCCAUCUUUUAUUCGUUUUUUUUUUGUUUUGAUCGAUAUUGGGAGUUUAUGAGUCUUCUUCAGUGCGCCUUUUGUUUGUGUUUUUUUUUCUCCAAAGAUUUCUUUUGUUGCUAUGAGGGUUUAAGUGUUGCUUACUACUAAUCUAUUGUGGAGUGAGACGACGGUCCUCGGUAGGUGAGCAAUCUUGCCGACGACACGGAACAAUUGCAAUCUUUGGAGACGUCCAAUAAAAUAAUUGUGUAAGAAGAUUGUAACUGGAACUAUGGGAUUGAGGGUGCUCUUCGGUAUGACUUUACUUCUGGCUCUGUCUUUGUUGCUUUACAUGCCAACUUGCAGAGGUUACACAAACGGACAAGAUGUUUUUGCUAUAAAUUCCCUGUAUUUCACAUUGGACUUCCCUCCUCUUCCUGGAUGGGGAGCAUUUGGUGGAGACCCCUGCGGUGAGGGCUGGCAAGGAGUUGAGUGUGUUGACUCAAGCAUUACUGCAAUAGUGCUUAAUGGUGCAAAUUUGGCCGGACAAUUGGGCGAUGAGCUUUCAUAUUUUACUUCACUUAUAACCUUGGAUCUGAGUGAUAACCAUAUUAGUGGCAGCAUACCAGGAAGUUUACCUGUAACAUUAAGGAGAUUUUUUCUUUCAGACAAUCAGUUCACAGGAAGCAUUCCAGGUUCACUAUCCAAUCUGACUCUUUUAUCAGACAUGUCAUUGAAUAACAAUAUGUUGUCUGCAGAGUUGCCUGAUGCUUUCCGGGCUCUCACUGGAUUGAUAAACUUGGACAUCUCACAUAAUAAUUUGAGUGGCCAACUUCCACCUUCUAUGAAGGGCUUGUCUUCUCUCACUACAUUGCAUAUCCAAAAUAAUCGAAUAUCUGGGAUUCUUGAUGUUUUGCAAGAUCUUCCUCUCCAAGAUUUAAAUGUAGAAAACAAUUUGUUCUCAGGAUCAAUCCCACCAAAGCUGCUUAAUGUUCCUAAUUUCAAGAAGAAUGGUAACCUAUUUGAUGCCAAUGUUAUUCCACCAGUCAUGGCCCCACCAAUGGUAUCACCUUUUCCUCAACCACCAAAUGUCGCAAUGGCCCCUUUCCCCUCUUCUGAGGCUCCUAUUCAGAGUGGUGGUCAGUUUUCAAGGCAUAGUAAAAUUUCAACAGCAGAAUUGGUUGGAUAUUCAUGCAUGGCAGUGGUUGUACUAGUCAUUAUUAUAGCAAUAGUAAAACUGUGUAUAUCAAAAUGCAAAACAAGAAAACCCAAAGAUGGAGCAACUUGCAAAUGGCAUGAUGCUAGUAGAAUUGGACAGCCGAAGGAUGCUCAGAUAAGUUCUGAAUUUAUCAGAUCACAUAAAGAGGGAGCAUUUAGAAAGCCAAUUCGAAGGCCCGAGUAUAAUUCAAAUGGCCGGUCUAAUGUUUCACUUCCCAUGCCACCAGUGACUCGUUUUGACACAGAGAAACUUGGUAUUAUAGGUGAAAAGAGUCUGAGAAAUCGGACUGAAACUUCGACUCCAAUUUCUGCUAGAUGGUUUCAUGUUGCCACACUUCAACAGUACACAAACAGUUUCAGCGAAGAUAAUUUGAUCCAAGAUGGAAGAUUUGGCCGACUAUAUUUGGCAGAAUUACCUCAGGGAAAGAUGUUGGCUGUUUUGAAGCUUGAGAAUAGAGAUUCAAACCCCUCGGAAGAUAACUUUCUGAAGAUUGUCGAGCGCAUCUCAAGGGUUCAACAUCCAAACAUUGUCAAUCUUGUUGGUUAUAGUGAUGGCUAUGGCCAACGGUUACUUGUUUACAAUUACUUCAACUGUACAACUCUAUAUGAAAUGCUACACAGUAACGACUCUAUCAAGAAGAAAUUAUCAUGGAAUGCUCGCAUCAAGAUUGCAAUUGGAGCUGCUAAAGCUCUAGAGUAUCUCCAUGAUGGUUGUCAACCACCUUUAGUGCAUCAAAGAUUUGAUUCUGGAAACAUUCUCAUCAAUGAUGAUCUAGAAGUACGUGUGUCUGAAUGUGGUCUUGCAUCAUUGCUAUCAUUAUUCCCAGCUACUCAGUUAUCAGGAAUGGAACCUGCCUUUUUCAGUUAUGAUGCUCCUGAAGUCAGUGAAUCUGGGUCAUAUAGUGUGCAAAGUGAUGUUUACAGUUUUGGAAUUGUCAUGUUAGAACUCCUCACAGGGCACAAGUCAUUUGAUAGCUCACGUCCUUGGGGUGAGCAACAUUUGGUGAGGUGGGCUAGUUCACAACUUUAUGAUAUGAAUGCAUUGACAAAAAUGGUGGAUCCUUCAGUUGGUGGGCAGUUUGUUGUAAAAUCAAUCUCAAGAUUUGCGGACAUCAUUAGUCGUUGCAUACAGGAAGUGCCGGAGUUCAGGCCUCCAAUGUCAGAGGUUGUCCAAGACCUUGCUUCUGUUAUUUGAUGUGCAAAUUUUAGAGGUGGCUUGGUAUCAAAACUAUUUGCAAAAGUACUGUUGCUCUUGGAAACAUAUUAAUUUAAAGAAAUUAAUUAGUUAUCUGCAAACCUGUAAAUGGAAGAUAAUUAUUUUAUUGUUGUUGCAAAAUUUUUAUUUGUUGCUGUCCAUGAAAUUGUCAAUUAUGUA